AUGCUCAAUGCAGCGCCUGCAUACGAUACAAAGCACUUGUCUCCGCUGUACAUCAAUCUUAUAACAGACACUACUAAUGUCUCGCUCAAAAUCUGUCAGUCACAAGCCGCUGGUGAGACUGGCAGCACGCUUUGGCUCUCUUCCCAAGUGCUCGCAGCACACUUUCUCGACAAGAGACCUAUACGCAACUCUUCUUCCAUACUUGAGCUCGGUACUGGCACUGGCUUCCUUGCAGUAUUGCUUGCUGUUCAAGGACAUCAGGUGUACGCAACAGAUACAGCCGAAUUCCUAGCAUCGGGUGUCCUGCAACAGACGCUCUCGUGGAAUCAAGAUGCAGUGUUGAAAGCUGGGGGGAAAGUCUCCAUCCAAAUUGCCGACUGGCAUAAUGCCGACUGGCAUAAUGCCUCUCUUGUUUUACCCUUAGCUGACUACAUCAUUGCAACCGAUGUGAUCUACCAUCCUGAGUUGAUAGUGCCGUUUCUACAAAUCCUCAGGCGAUGUGCAUUGGCUAGGCCAUCGCCAGUCAUCUACUUUGCUCAAGAGGUACGCGUGGCUGACCUGCUGGACGACUUUUACAUGCAGGCUGAUGCGAUGGGCUUCAACGUCACCAUUUUCAGCGCUGACAAGUGCUCUUGA